UGUUUCAGGUUAGCCAUCUCGCGAAUACAUCAUCGUUUGGUCCAGGGCGGGUCUCGCCGAGCUGAUUGGCAUCCCGGCCCAUCGUGACCUGUCCCUCCAUCGCGAGGAUGGAUAAGAGCGCCUGGUUCUCCUCCCCUCGUCUCGUCUCGUCUGUUCUCGUUCUUCACUAUCUACUGCAUUCUGAUCGACGGUGACCGGGUUUUCCUUUUCUCUGUUUCUUUCCUCUCUAUUAGAUCUCCCUCUCAGGACAGCCGCCAGGAACGUGAUCACGAGUCUCAUCGCUUUCGCCGCAUCAUCGUCGUCAUUACUAUCCUCGUCGCCGUAUAUACACCCAGGAGCUGGUCCUCCCCCUUCUCCUCCUCCUCCGGUCUAUAAUCCGUAAUCGCCCUGCUCGCAUCUAAGCAGACCGUAACAACCCCACCCCCCUGUCCAACCUGUCAACAUGGCUUCUCUGGUAGCAGACAUGUCCUUUGACUUCAUAUUCCCCUCCUGCGAGCCUGCCACGCCGCCGAGCUUCUCUUUCGAUCCGUCUCUUCUUGAGAUCUCUUACGACCCCGGACACGCUCGCUCAAGCUCGUAUGGUUCCUUCUGCUCCACUACCGAGACGUCGCCCUCCGACUCGGUCAGCACACGCGUUACCACCCCUUCGCGCUCGCCGCCGCCCAUCCGCCAGCAUGGCCCUAUCCUGCUGCCGAAGAUCCGCUCGCAAGACCAGGCUAUCGACCCGGCUCCGAAGCGCGUCAAGACCUCGCCUCCUCUCACGCCAAAGCCCAGCCGCAAGGCUGCUUUCCGCCCUUCACAUACCCGGAGCUUCACCAACCCGGAGACACUGAAUGCCUUUUCCCACAACUUCUUCACGCUCCCAGAGGACCAGACAACGGUGUCUCAGUCGCUACUGUGCUCGCCCAUCACCUUCGCCCAGGACAGCAUGCACCACGCUCGUCGCUCUUCCACAGCCAGCCUCGACAGCGCUACGCUAGAGAAGUACGGCUUCCCUACCUACCGUCAAAUGCCAUCCUACGUCCCGGCCGCCCCCCAGCCGCAAAACGAGCAGUUCAUGUACGGCUACGCACCCCGUGCCCCCUCUCCCCUGAGCCUGUGCUCUACGCCGGACCCGACGCCGUCCACCACCAUCAUGGACUUCCUCACCACGCCCAAUCCCGCGCCGUCGCUGGUGCGCACCAUCUCGUUCCCGCUGCGCGACCCCAACACCAAGCACUUCUGGUGGGACGUCCGCCAGAUCCGGCCCUGGACCAACUUCAACCUUAACACCAUCCUCUCCCUGCCGGGGGCUGUCGGGCUCCUCCACAGCCCGGUCCCGCAACCUCUCCUGCCGCAGCCGCCUACUGGCGCACGGCAUCCGGAGACGGAGACGGCGCUGCACAGUAUCUACGCGUCGUACUACGUGCCAAAGCUGAACGCGGCGCUAGCGCUAUCGUCGGCGCGGCCGGUGCAGCUAUCGGUGCCGUCGGGCAAGGCGGCCGCCGCGUCGGGCGACCACGUGCUAGUGGCGAACGUGGCGGGCGAGUCCUCGGCAGCGGCGGCGCUGUUCGGUGGGAAGCCGACGGCGCGCGUGGUCGGGCUCGUCAAGUCGUUCGACCGGUUCAACACGGGGAUGCGCGUCGAGGGCAACGUCAAGCGCGUCGAGUACCUGCGCGGGCUGGCGCACCUGCACCACGCGAUGCGCGAGCACGGCACGCGCUACGGCUUCAUCCUCACCGAGAUCGAGUUGGUCGUGUGCCGCAACGGCGCCGAGGGCACGCCGCACUUCGGGUACCUCGAGGUGAGCAGUGUGCAGCUCGCCACGGCGGCGGCGACCGGCGACGACGCCGACGCCGACGAGGCCCCGCUGACCGCCUGCCUCGCCCUCUGGGGCCUGUGCGUCAUGGCCGGCGACGAAGCCGCCGCCGCCGCCGCCGCCGCCGCCCACCCCCCCUGGAAGGCGGACAUCGGCGCCCCCGCCGAGGGCACCCGCCGCAAGGCCCUGCCCCGCGACACCUGGAUGCCCCAGCCCCAGCUCGCAGAGAAGCGCGAGGCGAAGCGCGCCCGCGGCUGGGUCUUCCCCGAGGACCCGGUCGGCCGGAAGGAGCUAGGCAAGCGGGGCGUGCGGUACGGGAGCUGCUAAUGCUGUCUUCCUCCUGUCUUCCUGUUUUUUUUUAAAAAAAGAAAGAAUAUUUCUCUUUGCGACGAGAGCGGGGGGGCCGGCGAGCA